GUGUUGCACAGUGGAGGCGAAAGGGAGGAGAAACUGUCUGAGGCGCGCAUGAAAGGCAGGAGCUGAUUGAUCUUGUUUGUGUGGGGCUUACCAGACAGCAGACACAGGCCGACAUACCGCUCACGCUUUUCAUUAUCCAAUUAGUUUAAUUCAACUAACUUUGACUGUCCGAGAGCACCUGCCCCGCGGAUACCGCGGUUCAUCCGUCCACUCGCUGCGGGAACCGGGAGUCGGACUACCCAGCUGCGCAGGAGAGCUCCCCUGCGAAACGCGUCAUGGGAUACGGGAGAAUCACUGCCUCUGUUUGCACCUGAGGGAUUUUCUGGAUUGUGCAGCACGGUUUGUCAAAGAGAAAUAAGACUCUCUGACUCGCUUGUAGAAGCAACGUUUGCCAGUCACCCGGAGUUAUCAGCCCCUGUACCAGAGACUCGGUCACUUUAUUUCUAACACACGGUGUGGGUCCCGGAGAAGAGUUGGCAGGAUGGUCUCAUCCGACUGCUUCAAACUGGUCCUUGUGAUCUUGUGCUGUUCAUCACUCACAAAUGGUCAUUUGGAGAGAGAGUAUUCGCCUAAGAUUCACCCAUCUGACAGUCCCCUCGUUGUUCAUACGAAUGGCUCUUUAAACCUCAUAUGCAGAGGCCACGGACUGCUGCAGUGGACACUUGGAGAUCCCCGUCGAUUGGUCUCUUUGGAGGGGGUGAAGGUGGAGCAUUGUGAUUCCAGACAUCACUCUCACUUACACUGCAGCAAACUGACAGUCACACACUUGAAUGUCAAUGACACAGGAACAUACAGCUGUUACUACUCCAAAGACGGUUCAGACCACAGCACUUCGACCUAUGUUUAUGUCAAAGACCCUGAGCAACCAUUUGUGGAGCCCCGUUAUCCAACACCUUACUUUCUGGGCAUCUACAGGCAUGAGACCAGCCUGUUGGUCCCCUGCCGGACAUCGUCUCCUGAUGCUGUUGUAGCAUUAACGGGGGCCCCACCUUUGUCAGAGGAAGUAGUUAAGGAAAUGGUAUGGGAUCCAAAGGUGGGAUUCAAGAUUCCGUACGGUCCCUAUACUCUGUAUAAUAUGCUUACCUGUAUCACUGUGGUCAACGGCCAUGAGUACAAGUCAGUUUACAUCCCUAAGAGACUGGCUAAUGUUCUUAAUAACGUGAAGAUCACCCCAGAUCGUGUCAGGGUGUUGGUUGGAGACACCCUCAUUCUUAACUGUACUGGUGAGACCACCUAUAAUGGAAGAAUCAAUUUCACGUGGGAGUUUCCGAGGAAGAAGGAAAAUCAACAUUAUACGAACAAAACCAAAGACAAUCCUGCUAAGGUUUUUAAGAUGAGCAAGGCUUUAUUCUUGCCAAACAUUACCGUGGAGGACAAGGGGGUGUACCUUUGCCGAGCUGAGACUGAACCCACGAAACACCAGAAUGCCACAGCAAAAGUCUUUGUCUUUGAGCAUCCAUUCCUCAAUGUUUCCUAUAAGCAUGACCGGUCAAGUACAGUGACUGUCAAGGAAGGUAAAAAGAAGCUUGUGUUUGAACCCAAGGUCAACGCUCUGCCACCAGCAAAGGUGUUAGCAUGGUACAAGGAUGGGGUCCCUAUCAUGAGGAAUUCCACCUGUUACAACAUCACGGGUUUCAGCUUGAUCAUCACUGAUGUGCAGCAGAAGCAUGCGGGGGUCUUCACCAUAAGCCUGGGCAACCAAGCAAAGGGCUUGUACAGGAAUCUGAGCUACACUCUGGUAGUCAACGUAAAGCCAACUAUUUUAGAGGCGGAGCUCGCCUCUGUGGACGUGCAGCCCUACAUGCUUGGCAAGCAGCAUCAGCUAACCUGCACUGCUUACGGGUUGCCCUUGCCAAGCAUCACUUGGCUCUGGCAACCGUGUUAUUCAGACCCCACGCUUAAAGAUUGCAAUGCUUACACUGACCCAACCCUGGUCAGUGCUAAUGACAGGAGAAAUUACUCACACAACUGGAUUAAGAGCAUAAACAUCAAGCCUGAACUAGUUAAAGGAAAAAACAAGACUGUGAGUACCCUGGUGAUUGCAGAGGCUAGCAUGUCAGGAAAGUACUCCUGUGUAGCCCAGAAUGAAAUUGGCACCAGAACAAUGACGAUCCCUUUCUACGUUGACGAUAACCCCGAGGAAAUUGCCAUUGAACCUCGGGCAGCCCUUGAGGGGGAUGACAUCACUCUGACCUGUCGUGCAGCUCGUUACCUCUACACAGACCUACAGUGGUUGGAUUCUUCGAAUCAAACUGUCACUUCCAACGUGUCCAGUCUGCAGCUCAGCCAAUACUCCAUUUCUUGUUCUCUCCAUCUGUAUAAUGUCUCCCGAAAUAAUACUGCCGGUUACAAGUGCCAAGCAUACAAGCUCCACAAGAGGGUUGAACUUAGAAACGCUGCACUUACUUUGGACGCAAAAAAACGCCCCUGGCUCAGGCAAAAUCUGACAAAUCAAGAUGUGAACAGUAGCAGCACUCUGAUGCUGGCUUGCUUUGCACUGGGAGUUCCUCGUCCUGAAAUCCUGUGGUACAAAGAUGAUGUUCUGGUGGAAAAAGGCCCAGGUAUCACACUGGGAGAAGACGGGGUUCUGAUCAUCGACAGGGUGAAGAAAGACGAUGAGGGUCUGUACGAGUGUGUAGCCAAGAACGCCGAGGGUACUGUAAAAACAAGCGCUGUUGUUACUGUACUCGGGGACGAAGGGAAGCCAAACGUUGAGGUAAUCAUUUUGGUGUGCACAGGAGCUGCAGCCACGUUCCUCUGGCUUAUGCUUAUCCUUUUCAUCCGCAAGCUAAGGAAGCAACCAGCACACUAUAAGAUGGGUCCAUCUAUCAUCAUUGAUCCCGACGAGUGUCCCCUCGAGGAGCAGAAUGAUCUUCUGCAGUAUGACAGCAGCAAAUGGGAGUUUCCCCGUGACCGCCUGCGACUAGGCAAAACUCUCGGCCACGGAGCUUUUGGAAAAGUGGUGGAAGCCUCUGCCUUCGGAAUCGACAAACUCUCAACCUGCAAGACUGUGGCUGUCAAAAUGCUUAAAGGAGGUGCUACGUCAAAUGAGCGGAAAGCUCUGAUGUCAGAGUUAAAGAUCCUGAUCCACAUUGGCCAUCACCUGAACGUGGUCAACCUUCUAGGAGCCUGCACGAAGCCUGGAGGUCCAUUAAUGAUGAUAGUGGAAUUCUGCAAAUAUGGCAACUUAUCCAACUACUUGAGAAGCAAGAGAGACGAUUUUAUCGUCUAUAAGAGCCAGGACGGUAAGGUGGUGUCAUCGGGAUCAGGCUGUGAGCUGAGCGAGCUGAUGAAGCGUCGCCUGGAGAGCGUGGCCAGCACCGGAAGCUCAGCCAGCUCUGGCUUCAUCGAAGAUAAGAGCUACUGCGAUUCAGAGGAAGAGGAAGAAGAAUCUGAGGAUUUAUAUAAGAGAGUCCUGACAUUGGAAGAUUUAAUUUGCUACAGUUUCCAAGUUGCAAAAGGCAUGGAAUUCUUGGCUUCACGCAAGUGCAUCCAUCGCGAUCUGGCUGCACGAAACAUCUUACUUUCGGAGAAUAAUGUUGUGAAGAUUUGUGAUUUUGGACUUGCCAGAGACAUCUACAAAGACCCGGAUUACGUGCGCAAAGGAGACGCAAGACUGCCACUCAAGUGGAUGGCACCUGAGGCCAUUUUUGACAAGAUCUACACGACUCAGAGUGACGUUUGGUCCUUUGGUGUUCUCAUGUGGGAGAUCUUCUCUCUGGGUGCCUCCCCGUACCCUGGCGUCCAAAUUGAUGAAGAAUUUUGCUGCAGGCUGAAAGAGGGGACCAGAAUGAGAGCACCAGAAUACUCUUCCUCUGAAAUAUAUCAGACCAUGUUGGAGUGCUGGCAGGGGGAGCCACUGGAGCGACCGACCUUCACUGAGCUGGUGGAAAGGCUUGGAGACCUUCUUCAGGCCAGUGUGCAGCAGGAGGGGAAGCACUACAUACCCAUCAACACAGCCCUACUGGCUAAAGCGGGAGACCCGUCCACCACAGUGCCGUCAGAGGAGACGGCCAUGCGACCCCUCUCCGUCCGCGACUCAGGAGGCAACUGGAACAUCAAGAUUCGUCCUGCUAGUGUGAAAACCUUUGAUGAAGUUACCAUGGAGAACGGGACAAGUGAGAAUCACGGGGGCGGUCAGUCAGACAGCGGGAUGGGCCUCUCAUCUGACACCAUGCAGACUCUGAAGCGCCUCGAAACAUUGGUGGACCGACCUCUGAGCAUCAUGGCCCUGGCGAUGAAGGCAGUGAGUAAGAGUAAAGAGUCUGUGCUGAGUGACUCAGAGAAGGAGAAGUUCCCACCCACAGUCCCCUCUCUGGACUUCAGUCUGGACGAUUCAGCCCUGGACGCCGGUCUCGAGUGUCACAGCCCGCCACCUGACUACAACUCGGUGGUGCGCUACUCCACCCCACCUGUGUAAGCUCCUGCUCCACCCCUGGAACAUCUGACUGACAGCCUUGAUGCCUUUGCUUUGUUCUCCUCUGUUUUGGUUCUUAUCUCUGGACUGUUCAGUAGCAAAGUUUGAGCGGAAAAGACAUGACAUUUCCUCUCAAAGUGUUGAGAAAGGACACUCUGAAAAAAAAAAAAUCAUCAGUCUACUCAACUGUAACUUCUGCAUCCUCCGCCUUUCAGGACGUCUGCUGAGCAACAAAAAGGAAACCUGUAGGCUGUUGAUUCUGUUCCACUUUUUCAGACGCAGGCUGAUGUUUAUGCUGCUGGUUUGCGCCACAUUCACUGUGAUCAAACAGCUGAAAACAGGCUCAGGUAUUUCUUUCAUCUACUGUGAAAACAAACCACAAUGAUUCUGACUUCACCACAGGUCUGAAUUAACAUUAUUUGAUGGUGAAGAACAACAUGCAGGAAAAGGAGAAGAUAGCUGAGCUUCUAAAGAGACUUUUUUUAUAUCUGGAAAGCAGCUUGUGAAAAAAAAAAAAAAACAUUACAAAGUACAACCAUCUGCUCAAGUGAAGGUCAGCUGAAGUUCAGCUUUGCAGAAAGCAAAAAGCAGGUCAGCAAUAUAACAUUGAUUAUUAAUUAUAAAAGGUCUUUUAUUUGAGGUGCCAUUGCCCCUUUAGUUUUCCCAAAAAUAUAAGCUCAGCUAACAGAGGCAGAGUGACGGAGGAGAGAAGUGCUCUGUCCUGUAGUGGUGGGUGUUUCUGAAGCUUCCCCACAUUAUGGAAAAUCACAAUUUAAAGGAGGUUAAUGGAGGAAACAGGAUAGAGCUGAGAGUAAGACCAGACGGCUUCAGAUUUAACAUUACAGCUCGACCACGAAAGCAUUUAAAUAAAGAGUUACUGUACAUCUAAAGUCCUCCUCCUGACCUCCUUCUUUUGUUGUCGCUCAAAGUAAAAAAUUUAUGUGAGCAGAAAAGCAUUGAGUUAGAAACGUGAGUUUAGAACAAGACUCCUUAGGAGCAGUUUAUUCAAAAAGCACUAGUAAAAUUAAUUGUGUAUUUAUUUAGAUUGUAAACACUGUUACUUAGUAGUCCAGUUUUGUUUGUGCAUUUACGUUCAUAUUUAACCAAAGGAUUUUCCAGCGCCGUGUCCCUGAUAUCAGCAGGUAAUGUCCCAGCAUUUCACUCCAGAUGUACAUGCUGUUUGUGCUGCUGUAUUCAUGUGUAGUUAAGCUGAGGGACUGUGCACCCACAGAAACACUUGUGGAUAUUCUCCAGUCCUUCUUGUCGUGCUAAGUGUUAGUAAAGCUUGCAGGGCAGGCUACAAAACUUAGCACCAGUCUGCUGUGGUCCACAGUUUGUUUGGGUUUUUUUUCUUUUUUGUUAACAUGUAAAAUCUCCUUGUUUUAACAGCUUUUAUUUGUCAUACUGGACAUACUCAAAGUACUAUGGACCAAAACCUUCAUUCACACCUGUGUUAACGUAUACACUCACACACACACCCUGUAGAAAUGCAGCCAGUUUGUGCUUGUUGACCGCUAAAGAAAACAGUAUUUGUCAGUAAGUAAACUACAAUAUAACGUAGAUAUUUCGAAGCCCUGAUGAUGCCUAAACCCUGUUUCUUUUGUGACCAGUUUUGUUUUGUGUAUGUGGAGAGGACGUGACUAUGCACUGAUACUUUUAUACAAAGUAUAAUUUUUGUAUUCUGAAUAUAUAUUGUUAUGAAACAGUGUUGUGGAUCACAUUUUACAAAGAUUCCUGAUUUAUUUUGCAUCUUUUAUUUAACUCUUAACCACACAGUAGGAAAUUAACAUUUGCAGUAUUUGUUGUAUGCUUAUUUCUUGAUGGCCUAACAUUAUAGCACAGUAUUUCUGACCACUUCUUAUAUUUCUGUCUUAAAUUUAAUUGUAGUUACUGCUGUCACAGUUGUGACCUGGAAGCAAAGAGAAAUGUAUUGGGAUUUUAUUUCAUACACAACCCAUCUGAGUUAUGAGACCUGCAGCAGCUCAAAACACCUCCUCGCUUUUUCUCUUUUCUUCAUGUAGUAAAACAAGUUAGUCUGAUGAAAGUAUUGUUCCCUAACUUGUUCCCCAACACUGUUAACUGAGCAUAUGAAGUAAAUAAAUGAAUAAAGAUCUAUAUAUUUAUAUACA